AUGAAGGCCUCAAUCAUCACUCUUGCUCUCUCCGCGGCUCUUGCCACCGCCCAGAACACCACGGUCCCAUACACCACCUCCACCCUCACCCAGACCAAGUAUCUAGAUCUUGCGCUGCCACAGUCACCGACUGCAGCCCGCAUUGGCCAGGUCACCACUGAGAUCUCAGUCACCACCACCUACUGCCCAGUGACCGGUGCUUCCAGCACCCCAAUUGUCCUGUCUCCCCCAGUCACCGCUGCCUCCUCUGCCAGCACCCCACUCACCACCAGCACCAAGAUCAAGACCAAGACCUACACCAUCAGCAAGUGCGCAGCAACUGUCACCAACUGCCCAUACGGAUCGACCACCACCUCGACCUACGCGACCGUUGUUACAUCCCCAGUCAGCAGCGCAGCCACUGGCUCAGUUACCGGUGGUGCUUCCGUCCCAGCCACUGGCUCAGUCACUGGUGGUGCUUCCGUCCCAGCGAAGUCAGCCUCAUCAGUUGUCGUCUCCGUCCCAGUGACCACCCUCUCCCCACCUGUCAGCACGGCCCCAGCUUCCGCCCCAGCCACGCUCCCAGUCACCUCCGUCGUCACCAUCUCCACCUGCGUACCAACCGUCAUCACCUCCGUGGUGACCGUCUACCCCUCCUCCGCCCCCGCAACCACCGUUGUCUCCUCCGUGAAGAGCUACGGAACUGCUGCCCCAUCGGCCCCAGUCACCUACAGCCCAUCCACCAACACCACCAUCGUUCCCUUCACCGGCGCUGCUUCAGCCCAGAAGGCCGGUGGUCUGUUGAUGGCCGUCGGUCUCGCUGCUUUCCUCUUGUAA